AUGGCUGAUGAUGCAAGCGGGCUACUGAAUUCAUCAUCAAAACCAAAUUCAGCUAGCAGACGAGUGUAUCCUGAACAAAUGUCGACCGAGGGCCAGGAUCCAUUCGCCAUUGGAACCACAAUGGUCCCGGAAACGGAUAACAACACUACUAGGCUCAUCAACUCAGUCGUGCCGGGAACUGAGAAGAAUAACGUGAUGUCUAGUUCAGAUCCGCCAGGUUACGAAGAAGUGGCUCCAGUUCCACUACCAUCAUCAUUAGCUCCAUCUUCUCAAACUGGGUACCAACCUGCUCUACCACCUAUCCCAACAUCAUCAGCUCCCAUCGUCACGCACAUUACAUAUCCCACAUUACGAAGCUUCCAUCCUGAAGUAACCCAGAUCCCUAUCGAUGACGACGAACCACCCCUCCAAGCCUCAACAGCUCGAAACCUCCCACAUCGAAAGAGCUACCAGCUCAAAGCUCUCUUCCGCAAAACAGCUUCGUAUCAAAGACGACAAUGUUUCACGAACUGUUGUUGUAUUACUGCGUGCCCCGUGUUGAUGGUGGCUAUAUCGUCGAUUCUUGGAGCAGUUCUGACUGCCUUGAUUGCCAAGACGGCUAGUUAUUCGGAACUGCUGUAUUGCAGUAACGUUACGGCGCUAGAUGCGUAUAAUUUGCCGAUUGCGCUCACGUCCAGCGAUUUGAGCAGUUUGCCUAAUAUUACUGGGAAAGGGUCGAUACCUGGAGCUACGCUGGAUACCAUUUUCGCUACGAACUAUUUCAGAUAUGCUGGAGCUCUCUCGCUGAAUGGACCGCCAGGAGCCAGUUCAUACAACAUUAAACGAGUAUGCACGAACUGGUUUGGAGAAAGCUACCCAUUCUCGACCAUCUACGAAAAAGAUCCUGGCCUCUCUGGCAACAUUGCUGGCAAAGACUCAAUGUUUACCGCAGAACCACUCGGCGGAUGGUUUAAUUUCUUAAACACUACAUUCAGUAACGCCACACUAGCAUCAAGAUACGCUGGACAGAUUCAGUUUUUUACAAAGUAUCAAUCACGACCGUGGUACAUGUACACGUUCUCUGACUCUGUCAGUGCGACGGGUUUGCUUGGGACUGCUGGACAGCAACCUGUGGUGCCGUUUAGUCAGGCUGGGUCUGUCUCUGCUGCUGCUUACAAGUACGCCAACCAAUCGAAUGGACUAUUGGAUACGAUGGAGACAAGAUAUGCGCUUAACAUAUCAACUACUGUUGUUGGUGAUGUUGCAACUUAUGUUCCUGCAGGGUUUGUGCCAGUACCCGUAUGGGUCCCUGUUACUGGAAACACAUCCACAGCACUUGACUCAGUCCUCGCGACUGCCUUAAACAACGUCAUCCAGCUCCUGGCCGGCGUAGACAAGUCUGUACUUCUUUCCAACAGCAGCAACGCCUUACUGACGCAGUUCUACUCUGCUGUCUCAUCGCUAACCCAAGCAAUGCCAUACGGAGGAGUCUUCUUUGAAACUCUGGACACUACAAACCGAAAAUUUGCACAUACGCUACAAGUCGGUACCGAUGAAAGACUGGCCUCUUCGUCAGGAUAUCCAGAUCCAGGCUGGCGACAGACGAUGCUGCAAGCGCGGUUGGGACAGGCGUAUAUGAGGUUCAGUGGUGGUGUGAAUGGGGUGUUGGGAAGUGCUACUAUUACACAGGGUCUCCGUGCGUUCCCACAGCUUGCUACUACAGGAGUGUCGCUGCCAAUUGCAGGACUGAUUGGACGCAUCUUGUAUCCUUUUGGAAUCUCGUUCCUUUUGCCAAUCUUUGUGAUUACGCUAGUCAAAGAGAAGGAGGAUAGGAUAUUGAUGAUGAUGAAAAUGAAUGGGCUGAAGAGCUACACGUAUUAUUUGACGCAUUACAUUCAUUUCUAUGUCCUCUAUAUUGUUUCGACGGCAUUCUUCUUGAUUGCUGGACGUUUAGGCAGACUCGACCUCUUCACGAGGACGUCUCCUGGUGUCUUGGUGUUUCUAUUCUUUACAUGGGGACACGUGCAAGUAGCUCUGGCAUUCUUCUUUGGGGCCUUGUUCUCUCGCUCCCAGAUUGCUUUGGUUGUGGUGUUUUUAAUUGUACUUUGUGGAGUCAUCAUUUCACUCGUCACUGACUCGCUGUUUGAUGGUACAACGGCACCACCUGCUUAUUUUAUUUGGCCACCAUUUGCCUUCUUCCGCUGCCUCUCAUUAAUGAACACUGCAGCCUACACCUCAACACUCCAACCAUACAAGACCAUAACCGGUGAACUAUCAAGCGCGGUGGGUUUCAUGUGGGCCGAAAUCCCCAUUUUCCUCCUUCUCGCCCUCUACCUCCAAGCCGUCUUCCCCUCCCAAUUCGGAACUCGCAAACCAUGGCACUUCAUAUUCACUGAACCCAUAGACUGGUUUUACCGCAAGAAGCGCAUGGAAGCAAACAACGGUAUCGAUCCUAAAUCUGAGCAUGCGAUGGCGCUUGCUAUAACUGUCGCACCUGAAGAAGUUGCGCAUGAGGACGAUGAUGUGAGAGCUGAGAGAGCGAGAGUUGUUGAGAAGAGGUAUCCGCGAGAGUCGCCACUUGUUAUGAGUCAUAUGAGGAAGGUGUAUGGUGGGAGAGGAGGCUUGGGGCCUAAAUUGGCUGUCAAGGACGUUACAUUGGCGGUGGAAGAAGGGGUUGUCUUCGGUUUGCUUGGCCCAAAUGGAGCUGGAAAGACCACUUUGAUUAGUAUUCUUACCGGGUUAUAUGAGUCGUCAGCGGGUGUUGCACGAUUAGCUGGGUUUGACAUCAAGACCGAAACUGCCCAGGUCUACCAGCACAUUGGAAUCUGCCCCCAAUUUGAUAUACUAUUCAUGGACUUGACCGUUCGUGAGAACUUGCUCUUUUAUGCGAGAUUGAAAGGCAUACAUUCUAGAGAUGAGAGCUCUGUGGUUGAAAGAGCCAUGGAGCAAGUAGCGCUUGAUACCAAACCCGGUGCUUUUGCCAAAAACCUUAGUGGUGGUGAGAGGAGACGGCUUUCUAUCGCCAUUUCUCUUGUUGGAGAUCCUACUGUCAUCUUCUUGGAUGAACCAACGACUGGUCUCGAUCCUGAAGUCAGGCGGAUGAUAUGGACCAUUAUUAAUAAAGCCAAGGUCGGAAAGACAAUCAUUUUGACAACGCAUUCUAUGGAAGAGGCCGAAGUCCUAAGUCAACGUAUAGCCAUCAUGGCAAAAGGAACUCUCCGCUGUCUAGGCUCUCCACUACGACUCAAGCAGCUUUACGGAAGUGGAUUCAAGCUCUACUUUAUAGCACAAGAAAAAGACAUGAGACGUGCAUCAGCCUUUGUGGAGUCUCUGUUGCCUUCUGGGUGGAAGAGGCUGGAUGCGUUUAGUACUACUGUUUCGUAUGAGUUUAAUCCUCCUCGUGGUCAUCUAGCGUCGCUGUUUAGUGAGAUGGAGAGGAACAAGACGCUGUAUGGUGUUGAAGAUUAUGGGAUAUCUAUGACGAGUUUGGAUGAAGUGUUCUUACGACUCAUUUCCGAGUCUGAUGCAGGUGCAGACUAA